GGUUCCGCCGCAUGGGGGUGAUAGGCGGAAAGCGUGCGCGCCUAUUCUGCCACGGCUGCUACCUUCACCACAUCGCUCAUGUUCUGCUAGCCUCGCUCUAUGUACCCCCGGGAGAUGGAGACCAUACGCCGGUUCCUCGACGAGCACCCGGAGGUCCUGUACGGGGGCGUCGGGGCCGCGGCGCUCGUCUCCGGCGGAGCGCUCAUCUAUAAAGUCGCCACAAGAAAGAAGCCCACCCAUGCCAACGUCAACUGCUGGUUCUGCAGCCAGAGCACCGUGGUGCCCUAUGGAAACCGCAAUUGCUGGGACUGUCCCACCUGUGAGCAGUACAAUGGCUUUCAAGAGAACGGGGACUACAACAAGCCCAUCCCGGCCCAGUACCUGGAGAACCUGAACCACGGGGUGUCGGCCAGCCUGCCCCCGUCCGACCUCCCCCGGACCCUGCAGUGGGUCAACACGCAGAUGCUGCUCUGCCGGAAGUGCAACAACAACCAGACGUCCAAGAUCAAGCAGCUGGCGUCCUUCACCCCCCGGGACGACGAGAACUACGACGAGGAGGUCGAGGCCUACAAGCACCACCUGGAGCAGACCUACAGGCUGUGCCGGCCGUGCCAGGCGGCGGUGGAGUACUACAUCAAGUACCAGAACCGGCAGCUCCGCACGGGGCUGCUGACCCACCAGCUCCGCCGCGGCAGGGACGCAGACAACGGCUUCGUCAAGAGCCCCGCCUCCGUGGCCACGCCCGCCGGCGUCAUCCUGCUGCGCGUCCUGGCCUUCCUCACCGCCGCCUUCCUGCUGGCUGUGCUGUUCUCCUGCUGGCCCGGCGCCCCCCCCGGUGACCCUGCCCCCCCCACCCUGCCCGGCGCGGGGCAGAAGAACCAGAGCGGCGCCGGGGGGGGGCCCGCGUGGCGCGGCCUGCUGGAGCACCUCCCGGCCGUCGCCGUGGAGACGGCCCGGCGGGGCUGGCGCUACGGCCGGGACAACCAGAUGGCGGUGGCCUCCGGGGGGCUGCUGGGCUGUGUGACCGCCGUCCUCCUCGCCGGACCCCUCAGGUUGAGGAGGAUCGACGCCGUGGCAGCCGUGCUGUGGCUGCUGCUCCUGGUGCUCUACCUGGCCGAGGGCUACCUGGCCGAGGGCUACCUGGCCGGCGCCCCCGGCUGGCUGGAUGCCGCCAAGCUGGGGACCGCCGCCCUCUGCUGCCUGGUCUGCUUCGGAGCCGCCGUGGCAACGCGCAAGUCGGUCGGUCCCAGAAGAGCCCGGGGUCGAAGGUACCUGGCGGGCCAGCCGCCGCCGCCGCUCUACCCCGGCCUGACGGACCCCUUCAUCCCCACCCCGCCCCCCAGCCUCUCCAAGCUGGCCCCCGGCCGCCGGGCCCCCCCCGAGCGCAGGGCCUCCCCGUCCUCCCUCCCCGGGCGGCUCAACAGGGCCCUGUGCCUGGGCACCAUCCCCUCCCUCACCAGGACGGACUCGGGCUUCCUCUUCAGCGGCAGCCGCCCGGCCUCCCAGUGCCAGGACUCUCCGUCCUCAGAUUACUUCUCCCUGAAGUCCGGGAGCCGGCCCUCGUCCCCGGCCCCCUCCCUGGCGGGCUCCGUGACCUCCACCUCCAGCUCCGCCCGCCAGAGACGGCCCCUCAUAAGCCCCGCCCGCCUCAACAUCAGCGGCCGCAAGCUCCGCCUCUUCUCCAACGAGGCCGAGCCCCUGCCCAUGUCCCCGCCCCUCUCCCCGCCCCUUUCCCCCAACCACUGCUACGCUGAGCCCGCCCCCUCGGUCUGCAGCGGACGCUGCGCCCCCGACCUCACCCCCUACCCGGGCCACAGCGAGCUGAGGUCCUUCCAGGGCGACGGCAGCGUGGUCGGGCAGCAGAAGGGCAGCUCCUCCGGGUCCUCUGCCUGCAUGGUGGACACCACCACGCAGGGGCUGGAGCCCGCCGCUACGUCACCUGGUUUGGUCAAGCGGUUCGCGUGGCCGGGGCUCCUAUUGGCCAGCUUGAGUGUCAAUCUCAUCUUCUCAGCCCUCUACGUGUACCGCAGCUGGGCGUGAACCAGGGGACCCCCCCCCCCACUCUCCUGGUCCACUGAGUCGGCCUCGCUCGGCCCUUUCAUCCAGUCAGUGUCAUCCUUAGCGAGCCUUCCUCCAGAGACGCUGCAGGACGUGGUUGGGUUCCCGCUCCCUGAGGCUCGGUCCAAGGACCAGUGAGCUGUGGUUCUGUUUGCCCGUCUGAGUCUGAGGUGACGGGGAGGGUCUAUGCUUGUUCAUCACAGCCUUGAAACUCCCCACUCUGUCCCCUUUAAAAGAAAAAUGUGACAAGUCUUAAAUCUGUGGUUAGUCCAAACGCGCUGAACGGAGGAGUCCCACGUCCAAAUGAAACAUGACAAUGUUCCAGAACUCAAACUCGUGGCGAGGGGAGGUCGGUCGAGGUUGUAAAAAUGUGCAAUAAAACGAGUGCUGCACAUGGAAUCAUACUUAACACUGACACCCCCCCCCCCCCCCCCAUAGGAGUUGACGUAUGGUCGGCCACUUGUUAAGCAAACAGCGCAACAUGAACGCCCACUUAUUCUUUGUUCCAGUUGUACAUGGAGCACACACUACAGAACUUAAACCUACCUUUUCAGAACACCUGCGUUCUAUUGAGAUCUGGAAUCAGUAUUUAUUUUGCAUUUUAACACAACUUUCCAUAAUCUCAAAAGUUACAAAAGAAACAAAUGCUUGUGUGUGCGUGUGUUCGUGUGUGUGUGUGUGUGUGUGUGUGUGUGUGUGUUGAGUAAGGCACCGGACCGUUUGACUCGAGGUUUUCACCUUUCACAGAUGUGCAUGUUUUUCAGAGAAGUCGUGUAUCUGGAAUCUAAGCUAUCAGGCAUUAGUAUUUAUAUUAAUUUUGCUUUAGAGAAAGUGUAUUGCCUGUGUCACAGGUUGUGUGGUGCUGUUAUGCCUGCAUCUUUAGCUAAAUGACUUGUCUAUUGAGUGUUGUUUUGUAUGUUUAUCUUGGAGGUUUACGUUCGAAUAGAACAUUUUAUAUCUGUCUGCUUUCGGAUGUGGGAUCAUGCAUUAUAGUUUGGCUCCUUUUGUUUGUAUUGAAGGAAAAAGGUGAAUCGAUGACUUGUGUGUUGAAUGUAUCAUUUACAAGAGACUACUGUAUUGUGUCCACAGUUUGUCAGUCCUUUGAAGGCGGGGGGUUUUUUUCUCAAAGAGAAAUGAUUUGUCGAAUGCCGGUACACUUUUUUGCGGUGAUAGCAUUGCCAAUGCUGAGACAUUUUGGGGGCUGCAAGUAUGAACUCCAGAUAAUUGUGAUUGAUUAUUAAAGCACUGUUUUUAUUUAUAAAUUGUAUAUUGAUGUACCCCUCUUUUCUCUUUUCCUCUAUUCAUAACGACUCUAAGAGAAACUACCAACUACUACUGAAACUCAGAAUGAAAGCACCCUGACCGCACGGAGCUGUUUGAAUGACUUAUGUUACCCUAAACUACCUGUUCACAUGUAACCGAUGCCUACUGACAUACAACCGGUUUUAAAACGGUCCAGAUCUGGAAUAUUAUGUUUUAAUCCAAACACAAUGCGUGUAGUAAAAAAAUAUUCUAUGAAAACCACACGACAACCAAUUGCAAAUCGUCUAACUCAAAUUGUUAUUACUUUGAUUUAAUUAAUUGUGACUUAUUUUUGUUUUAUUAAAUUGAAACGAUGCAUGGGCAAUUAAUUUAUUGUCAGAGGAAAUGUUCGAUGAGUUUAAAAAUUCAUUUCGUUUUCUGGACUGUGUUGUAACUAUUGGAUGAUUGUUUCAGUGGUGGACGUUCUUUAGAAAAUUAAAAUAAUUUUUGAGAGGGUU